AUGGAGACACUCCUUCAUCUCAACCUGGUCUCUGACACCAAGUCUAUUUGGGAUCGGGAUGACAAGCCUGAACAUGCUUUUUACAUCAAGGACUUAGCCCACUAUACCACUGCAAUUCAAGGGCAAAUCAGUUGGCUUGAAACACAGUACAACAAGUACCUUAAGUUCCUGAAGGAAACAGGCCAGGGUGUUAAAACAGAUGAGGAAAUUGAAGAAAUCCACACAAAUAAAAUGGCGGAGAUACACUCGAGGUCCCUGUCAUAUCUGUGCAUACCUGAUCCCGACUCCCGGACCUCCAUCUUCACUGUCAUAUCCAUCCCCGGCCAUCGACUUCCGGUCCCUCCAAUCCCUCCGGUCUACCUCCGCUCCUUCUUCACUAACCUCGGAGCUCCCGUAUUCCGCAAUCCCCUUGGUACCCCUCGAUGGUCACCACCCCCUCCUUUCAAUUUAUUACCUAUGCCUCCCUAA